GGGGUGGCUAACGUCCCGCCAUGUCCCGCUUCUUCCAAGCGCUCCACCGCGCCGGCGGCACCCGGGGCGGGGGUCCGGGCGUGCAGGAGGCGGACGUGCAGCAGUGGGGGCUGACAGGCAUUAAACUUCGUCCCUAUCAACUGGAAGGUGUAAACUGGCUCGUGCAAUGCUAUGAAGUCCAGCAUGGCUGUAUUCUGGGUGAUGAGAUGGGCCUUGGGAAGACUUGUCAGACCAUUUCUCUACUUCUUUAUUUGACAAAAAAGUUAUCCAACAAAGAGAGAUUUCUGAUACUUUGUCCUCUGUCAGUUCUGAGCAACUGGAAGGAAGAGCUGGAGAGGUUUGCUCCAGGUCUUUCUUUCAUAACAUAUGUAGGCAGCAAGGAAGAGCGACCCAAACUGCAGGAGAAUCUGAAAGGAGGCUCUCACUUCCAUGCACUCCUGACAACAUACGAGAUUUGCCUGAAAGAUGCAGCAUUUCUAAAGUCCUUUAACUGGGCUGCCUUGGUUGUAGAUGAAGCUCACAGACUGAAAAAUCAAAAUUCUCUGCUUUACAAGACACUUUCUGAGUUCUCAGUAGGCUUCAGCCUGCUACUCACAGGCACUCCAGUCCAGAACAGCCUCCAGGAACUGUACUCCUUACUCAGCCUUAUUGAACCUGACAUCUUUCCCCAGGAAAAAGUGAAAGAGUUUGUUGAGUAUUACCAAGUUAUUGAAAAGGAGAAUGAGCCAGCCAAAGAAUUGCACAGUCUUCUGCAGCCAUUUCUACUUCGGAGAGUCAAAUCUGAGGUGGCUGCAGAGCUGCCAAAGAAGGUGGAAGUGGUUCUGUACCAUGGAAUGUCAGCUCUGCAGAAGAAGUACUACAAGGCCAUUUUGACAAAAGAUCUAGAUGCGUUUGAAAAUGAAACGGGAAGGAAGGUUACACUCCAGAAUGUCUUAGUUCAGCUUCGGAAGUGUGUUGCCCACCCAUACCUCUUCAAUGGUGUUGAGCCAGAACCCUUUGAGAUUGGAGACCAUAUUGUCGAAGCCAGUGGCAAGAUGUGUUUGUUGGAUAAACUCCUUUCAUUCUUGUAUGCUGGAGGCCACCGUGUGUUGCUCUUUUCUCAGAUGACUCAACUCCUUGAUAUCCUGCAGGACUACAUGGACUAUAGAGGCUACAGCUAUGAGCGGCUGGAUGGCUCUGUUAGGGGUGAGGAGAGACACCUUGCCAUCAAGAACUUUGGUCAACAGCCCAUCUUUAUCUUCCUGCUGAGCACCAGAGCAGGUGGAGUUGGCAUGAAUCUGACAGCAGCAGAUACAGUUAUUUUUACUGAUAGUGAUUUUAACCCACAAAAUGACUUGCAAGCAAUAGCAAGAGCUCACCGGAUUGGGCAGCACAGGCCUGUAAAAAUUAUCCGUUUGAUUGGGCGAGAUACAGUUGAAGAAAUCAUCUACCGAAGAGCUGCCUCGAAGCUCCGGCUGACCAAUGCCGUUGUUGAAGGGGGGCAGUUUGCUCUAGGAGCACCCAAGUCUCAGGCAACAGCAGAGUUGCAGCUGAGUGAAAUCUUGAAAUUUGGCCUGGAUAAAUUGCUCUCCUCUGAGGGAAGUACUGUACCGGAUGUGGAGCUAGAAAACAUCCUUGGAGAGACAAAAGGAGGGCAGUGGAUAAUGGACACUGUGCUGCCACAAAAGGAAGAGAAUGAAGAGGAAAAUACAGAGAAUCACAUGUACGUGUAUGAAGGCAAAGAUUAUUCAAAAGAGCCCAGCAAAGAAGACAAAAAAGCAUUUGAUCAGCUUUUGGAUCUUCAGAAAGCAUUGAUUGAAGAGACCAGUAAGGAAGGGAGAGCUCUCCGGAACAAAGCAAACGCCCUUCUCACAGGCCUUCGGGAGCAGUCGGCCAGGAGGAAGCACUUGCUGAGUGAAGAGGAGCUGGAGGCUCGGAGGAAGAAGCGCCAAGAAGCAGCAGCAAAGAGAGCAAGGCUCAUGGAGGAAAAGAAGGCAGCAAAAGCAGAGGCAGAGCACAAGAAAAAGAUGGCCUGGUGGGAGGCCAAUCAUUACACAUCUACCUGCCUUCCUUCAGAGGAAAGUGGCUCCGAGGAGGAGUUUGUGGAGGAUGAGUUGGGGCAGAAUGUGGAUUUGGAUUACAAAGAUGGAGACCAGAACCAUAUUAAAUAUGUCAUGGGAGAUGUAACCCACCCCCAAGCAGGAGAGGAAGAUGCCAUCAUUGUCCAUUGCCUAGAUGACUCCGGCCGCUGGGGAAGGGGUGGUUUAUUCACUGCUCUAGAGGCUCGUUCUGAUCAGCCCAGGAAAAUAUAUGAGAUGGCAGGAAAGAUGAAAGACCUGGAGUUAGGAGGAACCCUGCUAUUCCCUAUUGAUGACAAAAAAUCCAGGAAAAAAGGACAAGAUUUGCUGGCCUUGAUUGUAGCUCAGCACCGAGAUCGGUCCAACAACUUGUCUGGCAUUAAGCUGUCAGCUUUGGAAAAGGGCCUGAAGAAGAUUUAUUUAGCAGCCAAGAAAAGGAAUGCAACAGUGCAUCUCCCACGGAUUGGGUAUGCAACCAAAGGCUUCAACUGGUACGGCACCGAGCGGCUCAUCCGAAAGCACCUGGCAGCUCGGGGUGUGCCCACUCUUGUAUACUACUUCUCUAGGAAUAAAGGUUCUUCAGCUUCACAGCCAUAUUCAUCUUCAACAACAGUCUCAAAGCCAUGAAGAUGGAGUAAUUUCACCAAGAACAUGCACAAAAAGUGACCAUCACUCCGGCAGUCCAUGUGCAUUCAUGUCAGAAACAUGGGUUGCACAGCCAUUAUUCACACCUGUACCUCUCUGCUGUGACUGGCCCCAACAUUUGCAUGUUGUCAGUGGCUCUGGAGUGGAAUGAGAUUCUCCCUGGCUUCAGAGUCCAAAGAGGAAGGAUCUUGGCUCAAUCCCAGACCUCUUUCAGAGAUGGAAAAUUAAACUUUUAACUGAUGGUC